AUGUCGACGCUGAGCUACUACGCGGACGCCGGUGUCGUCCCCGAGCUGCAGGAGGACGUGGCGGCGAGGUUCCCGGUAUCCGCCGCAGGGGUGGAGCAGGCGAUGCUCGCCGAAUAUGGCGGCCAGGAAGCUUGCCCUUUGCAGAAAUCGUCGAUUUUCGGCCCCUCUUGGGGCCCCGUGGCGGCGCACCCACCCUGCACGACCAGCACCCCGACUUACAUCCAUCACCACUACACCGGCAGCGGGGAGGGCGACGGCAUGUUCUCGCGCUCCUGGGCCCUGGAGCCCGUCUCGGCGCCCCUGUGCCUGACCGGACUUCCGUCGACGGCCGCCAUGCACUACGACAUCAAACCCGAACCGCUCAUCGGGAGCGGCGAGUGCACAACUUUGGAGACGCACACGCCUCUUUUGUCCGACGCCGAGAGCGUCGCGGCCCUGCAGGCGGAGGUCCCCUGCGAGGGCACUUCCACGUCCAAGCCGCCCGUGCUGGAAAGCCCCUCGGCCGGGGAGAAGCAGGGAGCAGCUGGGCACAACCCGUCGUCCAACUGGCUCCACGCGAAGCCCACCAGAAAGAAGCGCUGCCCCUACACGAAGCACCAAAUCCUGGAACUGGAGAAGGAGUUUCUGUACAACAUGUACCUACCGCGGGACCGCAGAUACGAGGUUGCCAGACAGCUCAAUCUGACCGAGAGACAAGUGAAAAUCUGGUUCCAGAACCGCAGGAUGAAGAUGAAGAAAGACAACAAAGACCGGCGGAGAGACAGUUAA